UCUCCUCUCCGCAUCUCCCAUUUUCCACAGGUUUCGCGAGAUUUGCAUAGGCGGGUUGGUGUGUGGCAACAUUUCUCUGCCAGACGAACUGAACAAUACUGAUAUGAAAUCUGCGUAAAGUAGCCACUGAAUUCCUGGAGGCAUGUCCAAGAAAAGGGGCAGAAAGCGGAGUAGCGGGGAGCUGAGUGACAUGUUGAGCCCUGACCCCAACAGCAUUCUGGGAGUCCGCAUUCAGCAUAACUGGCGUGAGAAGGGGAACCAGAGCAAAUGGAAGGGAACAGUACUCGACAGGCUUAGUGUGAACCCUUCUCUCUUCAUGGUGAAGUAUGACGGCUUUGACUGCGUCUACGGCAUUGAGCUGUUCAAGGACGACCGAGUGUCGAACCUUCAGGUCCUGUCGGAAAAAGUCGUAAACAACAAGAUCAAGAUACCUCCAGGGGCGGAGGAGCUGGUGGGCAAAGCUGUGGAGCAUCUGUUUGAAAAGGAGGACGGAGAGAAGAACGAGUGGAGAGGCAUGGUCCUCUCUAGAGCUCCAAUUAUGACCAACUGGUAUUAUAUCACAUAUGAAAAGGACCCCGUUCUUUAUAUGUACCAGCUGUGGGACGACUACGCUGACGGAGACCUCAGGAUACUGCCUGAAGCAGAAAACAAGCACCUGUUGCCUGCAGACAGGAAGCCAGGGGAAGAGACGGAGAGUCUGGUGGGGAAACAAGUGGAGUAUGUUACUGACAAGGGUGUGAAGAGAACAGGCCUGGUCAUCUACCAGGUCCCAGCCAAGCCCUCUGUCUACUAUAUCAAAUAUGAUGAUGACUUUCAUAUUCAUGUCUAUGACUUGGUCAAAACCACCUAGAGAUAGUGGACACUUUAUCUCACUCUCCAGCCUCCGUCCAUCUGCUUCUGUUCCACUCAUUGUUAUAAUCUUGUUAUUCAAAGCCAUGACAGGGUUGAAUAGUUAAUAUGCUUUAUUGUUCGGAAUAAAGUGCAAUCUGUUUUUCAUAUGCACAGCAGAACUGUAGCACCGCUAUGCUUGGCUAUUUCGAGGAGAGGGUGUCGACUUGUUUUAAUGUUGCUGCUCUACUUUAUACUUUUAACUUCGGACAGUCUAAGAUUGCACUGCCCAACAGCUGCAAAGUGCAGUUGUUACUGCAUUUGCAUUGUUGUCCCUGAGAUACUCACUGAUCUGUCCUUAAAGUAAUUAUCUUAAAUUAAAUCGCAGUGUGUACUGAAAAAGCUGCUCAGAAUAUCCUUUUGAAGCCAUUUUUCUUUGGAUCAUCUAAAUAGCUAGUAACCAUGAUACAUACAUUAUUCCAUUUAGGAUAGAUGUCUACUACUGAGACAUUUAUUGAAUUACAUGUGCAGAUAAGUACUGUACAUGUAUUUAUCUGCACAUAUUAUCAAGUAAUUUAGCGUUAGCAAUGGUAAGGCUGAAUGAAAGCAGUAUUGUCACAUCACCUUAAGGGGCCCCUUUUAUUUGCUAAAGGCUUUUAGAUAAAUUAUACUCAUGUGGAAAUAUAUUCCUGCACCUUUGCACCAUGUUUAGGAUUGUAUCAAAGCAAAUCCUUUGUAUUGGUGAUGAAGAUCCAGUUUGCUAAAUUCUCAUAUCAAUUUGAUCCCACACGAAUCAUGAAGUGCCUUCCGGCUUGUCAUUCUGCAAUAUUGUACACGCUCAAUCUCCGACUAUCUAAGCACUUAAUGAAUCAUUGUGUAUGAAGGCUGCUAUUUGGUUUUCAUUCAGAAGUGGUGACACUGACAGCUUGAGGAAAGUUUUUGCAGCCAUCAGUUUAUAUUUAUGCUGUUUUGCUCUUCAUGCAGAUUUAAAAUGUUCUUUAAAUACAACACACAUCAUCCUUGGUUGUAUAAUCUCACUGUUGAUAUUGUGGGGAGCACUUUAUUGUAUAAAAGUUUACAUGUUUAGGUUACGCUACAGUUUCCCCAAAUUGCUUUUUCCUUAGGAGCAAAUGUGGCAGAAUAAAUGCUUUAUAUCACACGCAUGGAAAAAAGAAAAAAAAAAAAUCUUGUUGCAAUACAGAUGACAGUAUUUAAUAUGUACAACUUGUGUAAAAUGCCUUGUAAUGUUGCCUGUCGUGAUUACUCUCAUUUAUACCAAUAUCUCAUCGAUACAAUACCACCAGCUUUUAGUGAGAGUUAUUACUAUACAUAAAUUAUAAACCGAAUAUUAAACAGGUAUAAUCAACUGACAAAGCGGUUUGUUGACAGUAACUAACUAAUUCUGGUUCUAGUCUUUAUAACUUUGUCUUGCAAACAUGACAUGUAUGCUUGCAGUGUGGUAUUGGUAUUUCAUCCCAACUUCGUCACUAUGUCCUAGUUGCUGAAUUGUUCUCAGCCUUCUGCGAGUUAUUCAGUGUAUCCCUCAGUAAACUAGUCAAUCAGUAAAUAUACUAUUACAGUUAUUUUUAGCUAUCAAAACUCUGCAUGCAUCACCUGAACAGAGUGUCUGGAAAUUUUCAAACCUUAUUUUGACAGUAGACAAGUGUGUGGCAGAAUCAGUACCGUUUGUUCAACCCACAUUAAGGAACUAAACAAAUAGGUUAACACUGUACAUCACCGCUAGUGGUGCUGCGGGGUGUUUUUAUGUUGUGUAAAGUGGAGUUACAAAUGGCUGUGUGCGCUCUUCUACAUGCUUUUCAGUCACCACCUCCUGCGCUGAAGCUGUAGCAGCAUCAACAGGCCAUCGGUGUCAUGAUUAUUCUUUCAUGAGUAAUAAAGAUUUUUGCACAUU